AUGCCUUCUCUCGAAAAAGUCGCUAUCAUUGGUUCCGGUAACUGGGGUUCUGCUAUUGCCAAGAUUGUUGGUACAAACACUGCUCGUCACAUUGAUCUAUUCGAACCUACCGUUCGUCAAUGGGUAUUCGAAGAACAAAUCGAUGGUAAAAAUUUGACAGACAUCAUCAACGAGAAGCAUGAGAACAUCAAAUAUUUGAAGGGCAUUGCUCUUCCUCAUAAUGUUAUUGCUGUUCCUGAUGUGGUCAAGGCUUGUGAAGGUGCCACAUUGGUCGUUUUUGUCGUUCCUCAUCAAUUCAUUCAUGGCAUCUGUGAAAAGAUGAAGGGCCAUUUGGCUCCUAAUGCCCGUGCUAUUUCUCUCAUCAAGGGUCUCGAAAUCACUGCCGAUGGCACCCGUCUGUUUUCCGAAGAAAUUUCUCGUAUCUUGGAUAUCCCUUGUGCAGCUUUAAGUGGCGCCAACAUUGCAAAUGAAGUUGCUAUGGAGAAGUUCUGUGAAUCUACUAUUGGCUGCCCCAACAUGGAAGAUGGUAUGACCUUCAAGAAGCUGUUCGAUACUCCUUAUUUCCGUAUCAAUGUUAUUCAAGAUCAUGUUGGUGUCCAACUUUGUGGUGCUCUCAAGAAUGUUGUUGCCGUAGGAGCUGGUUUCUCUGAUGGUCUUGGUCAUGGCAGCAACACCAAGGCUGCUAUUAUCCGUUUAGGUCUCAUGGAAAUGCGCAAAUUUGGCCAAACUUUCUUUGGUGAUGCUGUUCAAACUGAAACUUUCUUUGAAUCCUGUGGUGCUGCUGAUUUGAUCACUACAUGUAAUGGUGGCCGCAACAGAAAGGUUGCGGAAGCAUUUGUUUUGACUGGUAAACCCAUCGAACAAUUAGAAACUGAGCUGUUGAACGGUCAAAAGCUCCAAGGUACCUUAACAGCUCAAGAGGUGAAUCAAUUCUUACAAGCCAGAAACAUGCAACACGAGUUUCCUCUCUUCAAUACUGUCUACCGUAUUGUGUAUGAAGGUGUUUCUCCUGAACUUAUUACUGUUGAUAUCUAA